GAUACACACUCGUUGCUGGCACAGUUGCCUUCAGGUCGACCAGCCGGCCGGACCACAGACAUGGACAACAUUAUCCCGUGGUUACUGCUCGCUUGCGGCUGGGCGCGCUCCGAGCUGCUUCAAGAUUUUAUCCAGAAACGCAGUAAUUAUGGUGUUUACGCCAAGGACUUCUCCCAGGACUACGAGCCAUAUGUCUUCGCCGCCAUUCCACUGCACCCGCCGAUGCCGGUCCUUCACGUGUUGUCUCCGUCGCCUCUCUCAGCACCCAACAGAGACCUCCAUCACUCCGCGUCCAAACAUCAUUCGGCUUACUCCAAGCCGAGCUACCAUACUCAUUACAGUACACCUUCGUUCUCCUCGUCACAAUACAACAGACCUUCUCAGGGAAAUUCUUUCUAUGGGAAAACGUUCUCUUCGUCUGACUUCUCUUCCCUUACGUCACCAGACUUCUCCAAGCUCUACUUUCCUACACACACAAGACCAUCUUUCGUGGAAUACCCACAAACAUCUUUCUCUCAUAAAGAGUAUCCACGUCCGCGUCCUUACGAAUAUCCCACUUACGCUGAAUCUACGCUCUCUGCUGAGACGGACCUUGGACGUUUAUAUUCAUCAUCCGUUCCAUACUCGUACCUAAAAUCUCAUCACAAUUCAUAUGAUUCAAGCCAAGAGUCGUCUCCGACGAUAUUGUACGCUCAGCCUACAGCGCUCGGAGGAUAUUCUUACCACAAAAAACCUACCAAGAAACGAAAGAUACUGCCAAAGAAAAAAAUUCCUACGGAAUCACCCGUCAUCAUACGCGUGCACAAACACAGGAUAACGAGAAGCUAAUAUUAUUUAAAUUACUUAAUUUAUAAAUAGUGAUGAGAUUUAUUUAGUUUCGUAACAGUCUGAUACCAAUGUAAAUAAAUUUACAUUUAUUGACCUUAGCUAGUUUAAGGCGUUUUAAAUGUGUGCAUAUUUUAAAAAAUAAUUUAUAACUUUUGAUUGUAACGUACCUAGACAGAAAAAAAACUAGGUUACGACUUAUGCUCGGCUUAUUCAAUUGUUAUGUCAAUCUACUAAGUCUACAACUUUAGCACAUAGCUCGUAAAUAUCUAUUUAUGAAAUAAAAUAAAUGGAAUAAUAAUAUCAUUAUCCUCUUGAUAUAGAAAAACUAAAAAGUUCCACUCCACAUACUGUAACGCAAAUAUGUUAUAAAUUUUACUUUCAUCGCCAAUGCCGAUUAAAAACAAUCGGAAGUGGAAGAGUGAAGAGGAGUCGCGUGAGUCCGACGCAGUCACGGACGGGAGCCCGCGCCUCGCGUGCUUGAAAUGAUAUUGUUCACUUUUAUCAUUUACAAUAUUAUUAAUGUCGUUCUGACAAAAGUCAUUUAUUCAAUAUAUAAUAAUAAUAAUUUAAUAUACAAUAAUUUAAUAA